GCCCCUCCGUCACUGCCAAGAUGGCACCGGUCGCAGCGGCGGCGGCCGCGGCGGCUGGAGCCAGAGAAGGAGGCGGAGGCAGCAGCGGCUGCGAGGGGAGGGGGAGUCCCGUCUGACUGAGACGGCAGGCCUGGGCGGGCGGGGGUGCCGCGCAGGGCGGAGCGCCGGGCUGGGGAUGAGCUAAGCGGGUUCAGAGCGCCGCGGCAUCCAGCCCCUCGUGUCCCGCCGCCGUCGGGAGGGGACAGUGCACCACUCUCCAAGCUCGACCCGUUGCUCGCGCUGGAGCCAGCGGUGAGUCUUUCUCAAAUUCUGAGGCUUGCAGAAUUCACAAAUUGAGAUUUGGCAUCAUUUUCAGAGAAAGACCUUCAGUAAUGUAUGUAACCUUCUGUAAUGGAAGAUGAUUGAAGAUAAGGGGCCUCGUGUUGCUGACUACUUUGUUGUAGCUGGAUUAACUGAUGUUUCAAAGCCUCUGGAAGAAGAAAUUCACUUCAAUGAUGCCUGUCAUAAAGUAGCUAAACCAAAAGAACCUAUUACAGAUGUUGCAGUUAUUAUUAAAUCUCUUGGGGAGGAAGUGCCACGGGAUUAUAUCUGUAUUGAUGUUACUCCAACUGGAUUGUCAGCUGAUCUCAAUAAUGGAAGUCUUGUGGGGCCACAGAUUUACCUUUGCUACAGAAGAGGAAGAGAUAAGCCUCCACUUACAGAUCUGGGGGUUUUAUACGACUGGAAAGAAAGAUUGAAACAAGGGUGUGAAAUUAUUCAGAGUACUCCGUAUGGACGCCCUGCAAAUAUUAGUGGCAGUACCUCAUCACAAAAAAUUUAUAUCACUUACCGAAGAGCCUCUGAAAACAUGACUCAGAAUACGUUGGCUGUCACAGACAUAUGUAUUAUCGUACCCAGUAAAGGAGAAAGCCCACCACACACAUUUUGCAAAGUCGACAAGAAUCUCAAUAACAGUAUGUGGGGAUCAGCAGUGUACUUAUGUUAUAAAAAAUCAGUGGCAAAGACUAACACUAUAUCUUACAAAGCUGGUCUAAUUUGUAGAUAUCCUCAAGAAGAUUAUGAGUCUUUCUCACUCCCAGAAUCUGUUCCCCUAUUUUGUUUACCAAUGGGUGCAACUAUUGAAUGUUGGCCACCAAAUAGCAAAUACCCUCUCCCUGUUUUUUCUACAUUUGUGUUAACUGGAGCCUCAGCUGAAAAGGUCUAUGGUGCUGCUAUUCAGUUUUAUGAACCAUACUCUGAGGAAAAUCUCACAGAAAAACAGAGACUUCUCUUGGGUUUAGCAUCAUCAGCAGAUGGGAAAUCUGAUAGUUCCAAAACAAUUCACACUAAUAAAUGCAUCUGUCUUCUUUCUCACUGGCCUUUUUUUGACGCAUUCAGGAAGUUUCUGACUUUUCUGUAUCGUUAUUCUAUCUCUGGACCUCAUGUCCUUCCAAUUGAGAAGCAUAUUUCUCAUUUUAUGCAUAAAGUUCCUUUUCCAUCUCCUCAGAGGCCGCGGAUUUUAGUUCAGUUAUCACCACAUGAUAAUCUGAUUCUCAGUCAACCUGUUUCUUCACCCCUUCCACUAAGUGGUGGCAAGUUUUCAACACUACUUCAAAAUUUAGGCCCUGAAAAUGCUGUGACACUACUUGUGUUUGCAGUAACAGAACAUAAGAUUCUCAUCCAUUCCCUACGCCCUUCCGUGCUUACUAGUGUGACAGAAGCAUUAGUGUCUAUGAUUUUCCCUUUCCACUGGCCAUGCCCAUAUGUUCCUCUCUGCCCACUGGCUUUAGCAGAUGUCUUGAGUGCACCAUGUCCAUUCAUAGUAGGAAUUGAUUCAAGAUACUUUGAUCUCUAUGACCCUCCACCAGAUGUCAGUUGUGUUGACCUAGACACCAACACCAUUUCUCAAACUGGUGACAAGAAAAAUGUAGCCUGGAAGAUACUUCCAAAGAAACCAUGUAAAAAUCUGAUGAACACACUGAAUAAUUUGCACCAGCAGCUGGCAAAAUUGCAGCAGAGACCAAGAGACGAUGGACUAAUGGACUUAGCAAUGAAUGACUAUGAUUUUAAUUCUGGAAAGAGGUUGCACAUGAUAGAUUUGGAAAUCCAAGAGGCAUUUUUGUGUUUCAUGGCCUCUAUUUUAAAAGGCUAUAGAUCAUACUUAAGACCAAUAACACAAGCCCCAUCUGAGACAGCCACAGAUGCGUCCUCUCUUUUUGCCUUGCAAGCUUUCUUAAGAAGCCGGGACCGAUCACAUCAAAAAUUCUAUAACAUGAUGACCAAAACACAAAUGUUCAUUCGCUUCAUCGAGGAAUGUUCUUUUGUCAGUGAUAAAGAUGCAAGCCUGGCAUUUUUUGAUGACUGUGUAGAUAAAGUGGAUAUGGACAAGAGUGGUGAAAUGCGACUUAUAGAACUGGAUGAAUCUUUCAAAAGUGAACAUACUGUUUUUGUAACACCACCUGAGAUCCCCCAUCUACCCAAUGGUGAAGAACCCCCUUUACAGUACAGCUAUAAUGGAUUUCCAGUUCUUAGAAACAAUUUAUUUGAGAGACCUGAAGGAUUUCUACAAACACGAAAGAACAAAUUGCCUUCAAAGUCAAGUAGUCCUAGUAGCCCUUCUCCCAUGUUCAGAAGAACAAAACAGGAAAUUAAAUCAGCCCAUAAAAUUGCCAAGAAGUAUUCUUCCAUUCCCCAGAUGUGGUCUAGGUGUCUACUGCGUCACUGUUACGGACUAUGGUUUAUUUGUCUGCCAGCUUAUGUGAAAGUAUGUCAUUCAAAAGUCAGGGCCCUGAAAACAGCGUAUGAUGUGCUUAAAAAAAUGCAGUCAAAGAAGAUGGAUCCCCCUGAUGAGGUGUGCUACCGCAUUCUCAUGCAGCUCUGUGGACAGUAUGAUCAGCCCGUGCUUGCAGUUCGAGUGCUUUUCGAAAUGCAGAAAGCUGGUAUUGACCCCAAUGCCAUUACUUAUGGUUAUUAUAAUAAGGCUGUUCUGGAAAGUACUUGGCCCUCAAGAAGUCGUAGUGGCUAUUUUCUUUGGACAAAAGUAAGAAACGUUGUUUUAGGAGUAGCACAGUUCAAAAGAGCUUUAAAGAAACACGCACACUUAUCACAAACAACUCUCUCAGAUGGCAGUGACCUGGAUGCUAUUAGUCAUGGCAGCAUGGAUAGUGGUCAUGGGACACAAACUGUGGAGCAGGCACCUUUUAAUACGGGUUUAAUCAAAGUAUAUGCUACUGAUGAUAGAUCUAGUACAGGUGGCCAGUCUGAUCUUGGGUAUAAUUCAUUAUCUAAGGAUGAAGUUAGAAGAGGGGAUAUAUCUACUGAAGAAAUUCAAGAAGAAAAAGAUAAGAAAGGGAGUGAUUCUAGUUCCCUAUCAGAGAGCGAGAGUGCAAAAGGAAGUGCUGAUUGUCUUCCUGAGCUUAAUUAUCAAAGUUCUUCCAGUAUAGUUCGCCCCAGUGGCACCAGUGACAAUGGUGCUGAUAAAAUAUCAGAAGGCGGCUCUGAAAGCACAUCUGAGCUGCUCUUAAUGUCAUCCUUUGAGGGUCCAAAUGAAACAGGAAAGAGUCCAAGUAGAUGCUCCAGGAAAAGACAUAAAAGUGACAACGAAGCUGAUUUGCAGCAGCGACUCUCCUGGGGAAGCAGAGAGCGCAGUCUUAGCGGAGGAGUACUGGUGGGACUUGUGCUCAGUAGAGUCAACCAGGAAGCAAAUCCUGGAGACAUGGCCGAAAAACUAGGAGCUGACGCAAAAAUACUUUCAGAUGUGAUCUCAAAAAGCACAAGACCAACUAGUCUUGAUAUUGGAAAGCCACCUUUGAGAUCAAAAAGAGACAGUCUAGAAAAGGAAUCUAGUGAUGACGAUACACCUUUCGAUGGUUCCGAUUGUUUGGCAGAUAAAGUGGAUUCUCCCGUUAUUUUUGAUUUGGAGGACUUAGACAGCGAAACAGAUGGGUCAAAAGUGGGAUAUGUUGCUUCACAAAACCCCAAGAGGAUUCAGCGUCUCAGCAGCAGCUUUUCAGUAAAACCCUCUGAAAAAACGGAUGUCGCCACGGGAUUUGAUCCCCUCUCCCUUUUGGUUGCUGAGACUGAACAGCAGCAAAAAGGGGAGGAGGAGGAGGAUGACGAUGACAGCAAAAGCGUUUCAACACCAUCCGCUAGGCGUGAUUUGGCUGAAGAAAUUGUGAUGUAUAUGAAUAACAUGAGCAGUCCGUUGACGAGCCGCACGCCAAGCAUUGAUUUACAGCGGGCAUGUGAUGAUAAAUCAACUGGUAAGAAAAGUCCAACCCUGGUCAAGGCGUGCAGAAGAUCCAGCUUGCCUCCUCAUUCUCCUAGGCCGAUGAGACUUACCAAAUCUAAAAGUUACACGAAAACUGAGGAGAGACCAAGGGACAGACUCUGGUCUUCUCCGGCCUUCUCACCUACUUGCUCAUUUAGGGAAGACUCUCAAGAUGCAUUAACCCAUUCGUCACCUUCAUUUAAUUUAGAUACACUGCUAGUACCUAAACUAGACGUUCUGAGGAACAGUAUGUUUACUGCUGGGAAAGGAGUUGCAGAGAAAGCCAGCAAAUGGUAUUCAAGAUUCACCAUGUAUACCACCUCAUCUAAGGAUCAAAGUUCUGAUCGUACCAGUCUUUCUUCAGUGGGAGCCCAGGAUUCUGAAUCUACCUCUUUAACAGAUGAAGAUGUUUGCCAGGAGUUGGAAGGAGCCACUUCCUCCCAAGAGAGCAGUGCCACUUCAGGGACUAAGGGAAUUGAUUUCAGCAGAACAAGCCUGGAAAGUUCUGCCUCCUUAGAAGGAUCCCUGUCGAAGUUUGCCCUACCUGGGAAGUCAGAAGUGGCAUCUUCCUGCAACACAAGUAAUACAAAUAUCUUCCAGAACUAUGCAAUGGAGGUCCUUAUCUCAAGUUGCUCUCGGUGUAGAACUUGCGAUUGUCUUGUCCAUGAUGAGGAAAUCAUGGCUGGCUGGACAGCAGAUGAUUCAAAUCUCAAUACUACAUGCCCGUUUUGUGGCAAUCUUUUCUUGCCUUUUCUGAAUAUUGAAAUAAGAGAUUUAAGACGACCUGGAAGGUACUUUCUGAAGUCAAGCCCAUCUACAGAAAAUAUGCAUUUUCCAUCCUCCUUUUCAAGUCAGACAAGGCAGUCUUGUAUCUCAACAUCAGCCACUGGUCUUGACACAUCUGUUAUCUCUGUUCAAGGGAAUUUUGAUCUCAAUAGCAAAUCUAAACUGCUGGAAAAUACAUGUGCCCGAAGUAUUCAGAUCCCUGCUGAUAGAUCAAAAACAGCUGUGUCAAAAUGUCCACUAUUUCCAAUGGCCAGGAGUGUUAGUACUUAUGGCCCCUUGGAUAAGGAAGACCCUGGAGGGCAGAAACUCAUUUCUACAGGCAGCCUGCCAACUACUUUACAAGGAGCUACAGAUUCUUUAGGAUUAGAGUGGCAUCUCCCAAGUCCAGAUCCUAUCACUGUUCCCUAUCUUAGUCCUUUAGUGGUAUGGAAGGAACUCGAAAGCUUAUUGGAAAAUGAAGGUGAUCAUGCCAUAACAGUGGCAGACUUUGUGGACCAUCAUCCAAUUGUGUUUUGGAACCUGGUGUGGUAUUUUAGACGUCUUGACUUACCCAGUAAUUUACCUGGAUUGAUUCUUUCUUCUGAGCACUGUAACAAGUAUUCAAAGAUUCCUCGCCACUGUAUGUCUGAAGAUAGUAAAUAUGUUUUAAUACAGAUGUUAUGGGACAAUAUGAAAUUACAUCAGGAUCCGGGACAGCCCUUGUACAUCCUCUGGAAUGCCCACACCCAAAAGUAUCCAAUGGUCCAUUUAUUGCAAAAAGGUGAUAAUUCAUUUAACCAGGAACUAUUGAAAAAUAUGGUAAAAAGCAUUAAAAUGAAUGAUGUCUAUGGACCAAUGAGUCAGAUUUUAGAGACCCUGAAUAAAUGCCCUCAUUUUAAAAGACAGAGGAGUUUAUAUAGAGAAAUACUAUUUCUCUCGCUUGUGGCACUGGGAAGAGAAAACAUUGAUAUAGAUGCAUUUGAUAAAGAAUACAAGAUGGCAUACGAUCGCCUCACACCUAGUCAAGUCAAAAGUACACACAACUGUGAUCGACCACCAAGUACAGGGGUGAUGGAAUGUCGAAAAACCUUUGGAGAACCUUAUCUUUAAGAUAUGCACGUGCGUGUAUACUUUCAAUAUGUAUUGUAUAGUCAGUGUAUAAAAUAAUAUUUGGAGAUUCUAAACUCUUUCUCUUCGAUUUUUGAAAAUGCAUUUGUAAAUGGUUCAGAAAGCCCAGAUAGCUCAUGUACAGAAUGUUCUAAGAAGAGAAGAGUGACAAGUGAAGAGAGAGCCAUUUUGUUUCUCAUCUCUUUGUUUUUUUUUUUUUCUUUACUUCUCCUGUAACCAGUAAUUAAGUAUUUUUGUGACAAGGAAAUCCCUAGACAAAAUUACUUCUCAAAAUAAGACACCUGUUUUGUGGUUUCUCUUGGAAGAAACGUGUUGAAAAAAUCAUGUAUGGAACUUAACCAAAUGUAAGAUCAAAGUAUUUCCUGUUUUCAUAGACUAUUCAAAUGUUUUGACCAUGAAGUUGUAUUAUACAUAUUUUAAAUUGUUUAUAGUAAGUUGAUAUUUUUUUAAUUUUUAAACUUAAUAUAGCAAACAAAAUGAACUGAAACUUACAAAGCAAGCAAUUAAGUGCUUAUUUUCCUUGUCUGCUGCUAUUUGAAGUAAUUAGUACAGCUGCAGAUCCUUAUAUGUAUAGCUAUCUAUAUCUAUCUAUCUAUAUAUAUAUAUAUAUAUAUUUUAUUACUUGGGAGAAUGAUUCAAAACUGUCAGCGCUAGUGUCAGUGUUGUGCUAGGAUUGCAUGUUAGUACCGCUAAGCCUGACUGCAGUGAGUGGAUGAAAGCCAGGGUGCGCACUGCCCAGACUGACUCAUUGAGCCUUGUCGAAGGAGAGCCGGGGAGGUUCCAAGUCUGCUUCUGCAAAAUCAGGUUCAGUAUACCAUGACUGAAAAUGUUCUCUAUUGCUAACAGAUACAGACAGUACACAGGGAUAGCUUACAAAGCCAAAAAUCAAUUUAGAUUUUAAUAUUCUAUACGAACACUUGUGUUGGGAAAUAUGUCAGACAACUUAUUCCAGAUUUUACCCUUAUUUUAAUAUCUAAAAUGUGGCAUAUGAUGCAGAUUGUAUCAUAUUUAUCUGGAAUAUGACCUAUUGGAGUAUUCUGUUCAUAUUAUAUAUAUAUAUAUAUAAAUAAAUAUUCAAGAUAUUUUUUCAAAAAUAGAAAAAUAAUAACUCUCUAAAAGUACAGCCAGAUAGAAUUUCCCAUAUUGAGGAACUUGGCUUUUUCAAUAAGCCUUCAGAAUCUGAAGUUUAUGGAAUCUAAAAUCCAGAAAUAUCCAGAAAUCAGACAAUAAAUUGAACGUUUAAACACCAUGGGUAUUAGAAAGACUCUUAAAAAGUAUUUUUAGUCCCAUUAUUUCAAAUAUCGCUUUCUUUGGUAAUUUCUGAUAAAAAGUAUUCUUUGGCUAUUAGAGUUAUUUAUAGAUUUCCAGUAUGUGUGUGUGCGUGGUUGCACACAUUGUCAUGAAGGAAAGAAUUCUCUAGACAGUUUCAUAGGAGAAAAAUGUGGAUGGUUCCAAAUCUGGUGUGUAAGCCAGUAGAGCCCAGGACACUUGUCCUGGGGAUAUCUGAGACUUAGAAUCAGUUUAGCUGCGCAAAAACUACCUUGUGAGUUCACACCAUUAGUGAAUAGCAUCAAGCUGAAACAUUUCACAGCUUUCUACCCUGGGAAGUAAUAGGGAGAGUUUAAAAAAUGUGAAAUUUUAGUUCGAAUUAGUUUGGGACUGACCUUGCUUACUUGAAAAACCUGGUGCUAUGCACAUUUAUAUGCCUUUCCUUUGUAAAUACAACUCCAGUCUCCUUCACUCUUCUUAUCCGAGUUUCACAUCCUAAAGGAGUCUUUUGUUCCCUGCAUCGCUUGAUAAUUGUCAACCGAGAGAAACAUUUGAUAGGUGAGUCUUUUGGCAUUGGCAGCAAAUAUCCCUCCAAAUAGGGUUCUGGGGUUCUAUUCUGUUUUUGUGUCUGGGGUUUUGUUUCCCUUAUAAGAACAGCUUUCGCUGUUGUUUAACUUGUCUUUGACACAAACUAUAUGUAAGAAUUAUAGUUUAUUGAUUUUGAGUACCUAACCAGAAAAAAAUGAGGUAAAGCCCAUUCGUUAUGGUUCAAACUCACAUGGGGAAAGGUGAGUAUAGUUUUUAUCUCCUCCCAUACACACAGAGUUUUUGUUCUGUUUUUCAUUGGGUUUUAUUUCCUCUACUUUUAAUUCCCAGGGAAUAUUAUUUGUGCAAAUUUAGUCUUUAAAAAUAAAACCAAAAACAUGAGUAAAAAGUAGUAAACCCUGCUCAAAAGAAAAUUAAAAUCUAGAUCAUCCUUUAAAAUAACUCUAUACAAACUUCUCUUCAAUUUUCUCUCUGUUGAAGAUACAUUUUGAAGAAUCAUGGCCAACCAAUCUUGUUGGAGAGAAAUACACUUUUGCUACAUUAUCUGUCUCUUGUUUUCUUACUCUUAGUUUUGUUUAUAUGUUUAAUAGUUGAAAAUAAACCCUGCUGUGUCCUGGUAUGACUUGUUCCUACUUCCUCUCAUGGUGUUAAUGUCAUACAUUUGUAUUUUGUAUCUUAUUUCAGUAUUCCGCUUUCUCUUCCUACUGUCAGAUGGGGAAUUAUGCAGCCUGUUCAUAUUCUGAUUUUUGUCUUUUCUCCCCCUGAUUUUUUUUGGGGCGGGGGGACAGCGUGAGGUUGUGAUAAAUCCCUAAAACUACCAGCUUAUUUUGUUUUAAGGUUUUCUAAGAUGUUUAUUCAUUUUUGUAUAUAGAGAAAUGGCCCCUGAAAAUGUUGGUUCAGCAUUUUUAGUGAUAAAUACUUAUUUUAUUUUAUGCUGGUCAUUACCAUGAUGCUUAUUGAAACUAGCAGGUGUUAGCCUGCUGUAUAGAGAAGCUGUUACAGUGUAUUUCUAAAUACGUUUUAAGUAUAUGGUUAGAAAAUACCCGUUUGUAUGGUAAUGUGAGGUAGCCCAGUUUUAUUUUUAUUUUUCCCACUAGAACUUGAAAGCUGCUAUUAGGCACUUUAUUUCAGAGCAGAAAGGGAAAGAACAGGCUGCCUCUUUAAGAGGGCCCUUGGCCCCUUUGUGUGGUAGAGUUGGUGUGCUCCGUCUUUCCUGUUUGGAUACAAGACCAAGUUUUAUUUCAGAACUGAACCACUAGCAGUUGCAUACCAGUUUACCUUAAUAUUCUCAGGCUUAUUAUCUUCUUAUCCCUUCACACUAGCCUCUUCCUCUGGCCUCAAAGCAAGUGCAUUUGCUGGCUUAAUUAUUGUCGUUUACAAAAUGAGCAGUGCACAAAUUAGUAUAGGAGUUUGUCUCUCACUCAGGUGUGUGUGCAUGUGCUUAUCCUCUGAGAUGGUAGCAGACCCUCCUGAUGAAGUCUCUGCGGCCUUCCCACGGUUGCUGUCGUUUGCAUGGCUCCCUCCUUUUGUCUGUAAAGAUUUUUUUCAAACAUUGUGCUGUGAUAGAGCCACUGGAACAACUGACAGAAUUUUCUGUAAAUGAAAUUCUCCAGGCUUUGCCUGAUCAUCACAGUGAAGACCUAAAGCUUGCCUUUGGUUGCGAAGGCAACCAUGUUGUCUUAGGCCAGGGUGGCCUGCUUGGCUCCAGUACCCCCCACUCCCCACCCACACCGGGCAAAGACAGCCAUGAUCAUGAGCCCUCUCUGCACCUUCCACAGUGACCAGUCCCAAAACACAUCGCAGGUGGCACCUAUGGAGGGACCCUCCCACAAAAAAAGGAAUCAGAUCCCCAGGGUAUUCUUUGGCACGGAAGGCCAGCCAGUUCUUCAAAUGUAUCUACCAGGCUGUGCCCUACACACUAAAUUCCAGUUCCUGACCUCUUUGGUAUCAGUCUUUAAAGAAAUGAUCAUUAUGAUAUAGACAACGGUGUCCUAAAGGGCCAAGCCUAUAAUUUGAUGAAAACAUUUUCAGAUCUAUUGAUGAAAGUAACCAUUUAACCAUGUAUAGUAACCAUUUAAACAUAACACCAUUUUUCAAAAAUUUGGAAGGAAUCUUUUCUUAGUACUAUAUAGAAACUUAACCCAUUAAAUUAGGAACACCCUCACAUUUUUAGAAAUUUGACCCAAACCCAUUACCAGGGUCAUCAAGGAAAUGGAACCUCCAGAGGGAGGGAGCAGUCAUCUCUGCAGCCACUGUCUUCCAGCUGAGAUGCCCAGCUGGGACACUUCAGACUUCCUGGGAUGAAUGAGUGAUCCAGUAUGUGUCCCUUGUAACUCAGUAGAUCAUUUUGCCUACCAAAUGAGAGGGCCGUGUCACCAUUAUCUUGACAUUUUAAGAUGACUCUUUUUAUCCUACAACAGCAUAAUUCUAAUAAACUAUAGGCUUAUAAAUAUGACAAAAAUUUUAAUUUCCAAGCAUAACAAAUUGAUCUUAUAAAAGUUACAUAAGUUUUCCAUCUCCCUGAAAUCUCCUUUCUCCUGCCCACCCCAGUGACUUCUUACCCAUCCAUCAAGACCCAGCUUUCAUUUUACUUGACUCUUUCUGUCAUAGUGUGAAGUGAUCAGAUCAUCCCUUCUAAGCAAAGAGAAAUGCCAAAAAUCCAGCAAGCUAAUCAGAAAAAGAAUGUUAGAUCAUUAGAGUUGACUCUAAUCAUGAAAUGACUGUCCAACACAUUUUCAUGACAAAAUGUUCCACUGUCCAUCACUCCUUAUCAGUCAUUCUGGGGAAGGCAUCAGAUCCCACACUCCCAGGUGAUGCCCCUGAAGCUAGCUGGAAUUAGACACAGAUGCCCAGAGUUUGGGCAUUGGGGUCACCCUUCUGUAGGCAUUGUUCUCUCCUGUUCCUAGGCCAUGGCAUAUGGAGACUGGGCAAAUGCAGCAGCAACAGCAAUGAGGAUAAGUAAGAAAAUGGAAUGUGAACAUGAUUCCAUAUUCUUCUUCUUGAGCAUUCUGACCCAGUGACCUAAAGAUACAGAUGCACUCAUCCAUGUUGGUAAAAUAAAAUACCAUGGGGACUCACAAUUUAUUGAAAUUUAAUAAAAGUCAUUUCCAAAGAAUGUGAAUCCUGGGGUAGUGAGGCCAUUAAUUAAUCAGCCCAUCUUAAGAGAUGGAUUAUGGACUAAAGUAUUUUCAGUACAGCCCUUCAACACCAAAAUGUUUGAUUUUUUUUUUCCACAUCACAUCUGUCCUCUUAUAUUCCAGUCUGAAUCCUCUCACGUUUGUAAUUAAAGCCAUAUUUGCCAUCAUUAUCUAUAGUCACCUGAGCUCCUUUUGCUCUGAAACCAGGAACACGGAACUGCUUCAUUUCUAAUGGUCCCCUAACUGAGUGCUAGUAAAAGCAGCAAGCAGUGGUAUUUAACAUACAAGCACUUCGAAUUGCACAAGCACUGCUUCAAUAACCACACAAUUUUUAAAAACACAGAAGUCCUUUACACUAGCUAUUAGAAGUAGUAAUACUCUUUUUCUCACUGUGUUGUCAUUAUGUUAAGCAUUUUUGGAAUUUCUCCUUUGUAAUUGCCUUAAGAGCCACAUGUAAGCCACACGGGAAAUCAAUCUGGCUUUAUCAUCCAAUGUAGGUUGGCAUACAGAAGUAGCAUUGCCCCACAAGAUCUCUUACUUUAUAUAGCAGACUUGGCCCUACUGAUUUUGGACUCUUUUUAAAAUCACUCCCCUGGGGCGCCUGGGUGGCUCAGUUGGUUGAGCGUCCAACUUCGGCUCAGGUCACGAUCUCACAGUUUGUGGGUUCGAGCCCCGCUUCGGGCUCUGUGCUGAUGGCUCAGAGCCUGGAGCCUGCUUCGGAUUCUGUGUCUCCCUCUCUCUCUGCCCCUCCCCUGCUCGUGCUCUGUCUCUCUC